UCCGUCCGUCCGUCUGUCUCUCUCUCUCUCUCCCCGUCCGGCCACCACGCAGCCACCACCUGCUCAGCCGCCGGUGACGCAGCCGCCGUCGCAGCCGCCGUCGCCGGCCCGGUCCUCGGCGGAAAACUAGGACGAGGUGACGCGGUCGCACCGGAACAGCUUCCCGGAGAAGUUUCUUGGGGGGGGGGGGGGGGGGCAUGAAGGUUUGCUGAGGUUUACGCUUCGUUAAGGUCGCGCAAGAUUAUUCGAGGCAUGGGUCGAGUUCAAGCGAACAAGGCUCACAAGUCCCGGUUCUCCUCCAAGUCAUCUCGCAACAUCCACAGAACGUCCCUCAAAGACAAGGGCAGGAUCGCAAAGUCCGAUGGCAACGUCGGCAAGGGCGCACGAGCUGCUAGAAUUCAGCACAGUAAAAUGGUGAGGGAGCAGAAACGGGCCGCUCUUUUAAAAGAGAAAAGGGCUAUGAGCGGAUCGGCGAGUCCUCCCCGUGUCAUUGUUCUUUUUGGCCUUUCUGCUUCUGCGAAUUUGGAUUCUCUUGCUGAAGAUCUUCUUAGAUUAUUAUCCGCUGAAGAUGCAGGAGUUGCGCCCUCAACGUUUUCUUCUACUGAAUACAAAAUGCGUGUGACGGUACUGAAAGCACCACAUGGGGAUCUCAUGGCCUGUAUGGAAAUGGCUAAGGUGGCAGAUCUGAUUGCUUUUGUGGCAUCAGCAAGUUCAUUAUGUGAGGACAACAGCUCGGACUACAUCGACUCCUUUGGAAACCAAUGUCUCUCUGUGUUUAGGUCUAUUGGUUUACCCAGCACUGUUGUUUUUAUUCGAGAUCUGCCUUCAGAUAUGAAGAAACGACAUGAAUUUAAGAAGAUGUGUAUAUCUAGCCUUACGCCUGAAUUUCCUGAAGAUUGUAAAUUUUACUUGGCAGAUACCAAGGAUGAGUUGCAUAAGUUCAUGUGGCUUUUCAAGGGACAAAGGCUAAGUGCCCCUCAUUGGCGGAAUCAACGGCCUUAUCUUAUGGCUCAGAAGGUGGAUAUAGUAAAUGAUGAUCAGAAUCCUGGAAGAAGCACUCUUUUGCUCACUGGUUAUCUCCGUGCUCGCUCUCUCUCAGUGAACCAGUUGGUCCAUGUUUCUGGUGUUGGAGACUUCCAAUUGAGCAAAAUUGAAGUUAUAAAGGAUCCACUUCCUUUAAAUGCAAGAAAAGAUCAUGGUGCCAUGGAUUUUGACGAAGUGCAUGAAGUUGAGGUCAUUAAAUCUCUGGAUCCAGAACCCAUGAAGCAGGAGGCAUUGCUUGUUGAGAACGUUCCAGAUCCUCUUGCGGGAGAACAGACCUGGCCAACGGAAGAAGAAAUGGCUGAGGCAGAGAGAGCUCAUGAACAAAAGAAACUAAAGAAAAGGUCGCUUCCUCGAGGCACCUCUGAGUAUCAGGCUGCUUGGAUUGUGGAUGAUUCGGAUGUGGAGGAUUCAGAAAGUGAUGGUGAUGAUGACAAUGGAAUGGUUUUGGAUGAGGAGGAAAAUGGCAGUGCUGCUCAAGAAGGCCAUAAUGAUUUAUAUUAUGAUGAUGAUCAUGCUUCAUUAAACUUGAGGGAUUCUGAAGAGGAAACUGAGGUUGAUUCCAUGAUGAUGGAUGGCGAUAACUUGACAAAAGAACAAAUAAAAGAUGAGCUUCAAAAAAUUAAAGAAGCACAUGCUGAAGAUGAGGAAUUCCCAGAUGAAGUAGACACUCCACUAGAUGUUCCGGCUAGGAGGCGUUUUGCGAAGUAUAGAGGAUUGAAGUCCUUUAGGACCUCCUCAUGGGACCCUAAGGAAUCACUACCACCGGAAUAUGCCAGAAUAUAUGCCUUUGAUAAUUUUAAGAGGACACAAAAGCAUGUUCUUGCAAAAGCAUUGGAUAUGGAGCAAUCUGACCAGGAUGACUGUAUACCAGCUGGCACCUACGUUAGACUUCAUGUUAGAGAAGUACCUACGGGUGUUGCUACUGGAUUGUGUGACCCUGGGAAGACAUUGCCAAUAGUAGCAUGCGGUCUUUUGCAGCAUGAGUCCAAGAUGUCUGUUCUCCAUUUCAGCAUAAAGAAGCAUGACACAUAUAGUGCUCCCAUUAAAUCCAAGGAAGAGUUAAUAUUUCAUGUUGGUUUUCGUCAAUUUGUGGCAAGACCAAUCUUCUCCACGGAUAAUAUGAACUCAGACAAGCACAAAAUGGAGAGAUUUCUUCAUACUGGGCGUUUUUCUGUAGCAUCAAUCUAUGCUCCAAUAUCUUUCCCUCCUCUCCCUCUGAUAGCCUUGAAGCAUGCUGAAGAUGGUUCUGCACCAGCUGUUGUAGCUGUAGGUUCCUUGAGAAGCGUUGAUCCUGACAGAAUAAUUUUGAAGAAAAUCAUUUUGACUGGUUACCCUCAACGUGUGUCUAAGUUAAAAGCCUCAGUCAGAUACAUGUUUCACAACCCAGAAGAUGUGAGAUGGUUUAAGCCUGUGGAAGUUUGGACAAAAUGCGGCCGUCGUGGUCGUAUUAAGGAGCCUGUUGGUACACAUGGGGCAAUGAAGUGUGUUCUCAAUGGAGUUCUUCAGCAACAUGACACUGUAUGCAUGAGUUUGUAUAAACGUGCAUAUCCCAAGUGGCCCGAACACCAGUUCCCCAUUGCGGAUGCUUGACCAGACGGACCGGCGGUCCAGUCUGGUUGGGAUUUAUUCCAGAAUCACAGAUGCAGAUGCUUGGGUCUGUGAAGGGAAUGAAGCUCUGGUUCAGAAUAUGAAUUGUAGGUAAAAUUUUGGUGGUUUGCUCACAUGCUGUAGUGCGAGAUACUCAUCCUGGUGGUCAAUUUUUUGCCCCUGUAAAAUACCCCCCAUUGGCAAUUUAGAAGCACCAGUAAUCUAGUUUUUCCCCAUUCUUUCGAGGGUUGGAGCCGAGUUGAAUUCCUCUGGCUCGCUUUUGAUUGGUUCACCGUCUUUAUUUGGUUAAAGUUCGGUAAAUAUAUGUGUUUCGCUCUUUAGUAUGA